UCGAUACUUUGAAUGCGAUACUUACUUGGUAUCGAUACUUCAAAUCCGGGUAUCGGUUAAGUACCUUAUCUCGGUAAUGUAGGUUUCCACUAAAAAGCGCCAUCUGUUAUUUUGUAAGAGAACCGGCAUAAUAAUAACAUUUGAACUUGUAGAUUUCUUCUCAAACCGGGGAAAAACCGGAGGAACAAACAGGGGAAAUACCGCACUUGCAAUAUACUUUCGUCGUUGAUAUUUCACGAUUUCGUUUUCUGUUGCCGCGUUAGUGAAGCAUCUGACUUAAUUUUAAUCGAAAUUUUUGGAAUGCUUCCGCCUAAAAGCGACGUUUGGACGUAUUUUAAAAAAUUAAAUUCUUCUACUGCAAUUUGCAAACAAUGCAGUAGAUCUUUAAAAACUAGUGGAAAUACUUCCAACUUGAUGAAACAUUUGAAGAGUCAUGGAAUCGAUACACGAACCCACAAAGCAAAAGGAUGUUAUUCAGAUGAUACUCCAAGACCAAGCACAUCAAAAGAUGCUGAUAUUAUUUUAAAUGAAGAAACUAAAUUAGAACAAGACUCCCUCAAUGAAGGCUGCGAAACUCAUUCUAUUAGUUCUGUUAGUACCACUACUAUAACCAGUGAUAUAUUACAAUCAUUUAAAACCAUCAAAAGUUUUGAAGUCGGUGGGGUGAAACACAGUGAGAUAAGUAACACCAUAGCUUAUUUCAUCUGCGCAGAUAACCGCCCCUUCUCAACAGUUGAAGGACGAGGGUUUAAAAAAUUAAUGAAAACUGUUUGCCCAUUGUACAAAUUACCAUCGAGAGAAUAUUUCAAAAGCAAUAUUGACCUGAAGUAUGAUAUUAUGCAUUCCGUAUAUAAACAGAAAAUGUCUGAGAUUGAGCAUUUUUGUCUGACUAUGGAUAUAUGGAGUGAAAUGAUGACAGGAAGGAGUUUCUUAGGUGUAACUGCCCAUUUUAUCCACAAAACGAGAAGAAACUCAAUAUCGUUGGAUGUGAAGGAAUUAUGUGACCGCCAUAAUGCGGCGUACAUAUCAGAACAAUUAAAAAUCAUUUUGAAUAGUUGGGACAUCAAUGAAAAAAAGGUUGUUACUAUCGUAACAGACAAUGGUGCUAAUAUGGUUGCUGCAGUAAGGUUGAUGGAGGGAAAUCAGCAUAUACCCUGUUUUGCUCACAUCAUCAACCUGAUAGCAGAAACACCCUUAUCCAACCCACAAAUAUCCACUUUGAUAGAUAAGGUGAGAAAUAUUGUCAAGUGGAUAAAGAAUUUUGUGAUUUUAUGUGACGAUCUCAGAAAUAGACAGAGGCAAAAUAAUGUUAAGGAGGGAUUGUUGAAAAAAGUUAUUCUUGAUGUAAAAACAAGAUGGAAUAGCACCUUCUAUAUGCUGGAAAGGUUCAUAGAACUAUCCUCGCUUAUAAGCGAAAUUCACUUUGGCAGACGUAAUGCCCCACCAAUGGUCGAUGCUGGGGAAUUGGAAGCAAUUGCAGAAAUCAUGAAAGUUCUGAAGCCUCUGGAAUAUAUGUCCAAGGAACUAUCAGGGGAGGAUUACAUAACAGCCUCUAGAGUAAUUCCCAUGAUUAAUUGUGCAAUGCAUACCUAUGAAAAUAAUAUAUUCGAAAUGGAAGAGUCCAAGUUACUCAACAAUCUCAUAUUGACUGAAAUGAGAAAAAGACUGAGCAAAGCAGAACAUAUCCCUGUUUUGGCUGUUUCUACACUUUUGGAUCCUAGAUUCAAAAAUAUACAUUUUAAAGAUUCGCAAGCAGCUGCAAAUGCAAUUUCCUUUGUGAGGAGGCUAUUGAAACACGAUGUAAUGCCUGAAACUCCUGAAAGGAAUAAUUUACAAGCUGAGAGUACAUCAGAAGGAUUUGACUUUUGGAGCUUCCACAAAACCCUUGUCUCAAGCCAAACAGAGACAAGAAAGGAAACCGAUGAAGUAGCAAUGUACUUAUCGAAUCCUCUGACUCCAAUUGAUUCAAAAAAGGAUCCAGUAAAAUAUUGGGAGGAUACUAAAAAUGUAUUUCCUAAGCUGUAUAAGGUUGGAAUCAAAUACAUGUGUUUGGUGGCAACCUCGGUUCCAUCUGAAAGGCUUUUUUCAAAAGCUGGUGCCACUUUAGUUCAAAAUAGAAACAGGCUUCUUGGAAAACGAUUAGGAAAACUGUUGUUUCUAAAUUCUAUUCCUGAAAGUGAAUGGUUUUGAGUUCUAAACUUGUUAGUUCAUAUUUUCAUUAAUUUUUUUCAUUUCUAUUA